AUGAGUUCUGGUACAGGAAGUACUAGCACCGCCAAACCCGGCCCGUCAUCCAAACAGGGUCAGGGUACAUUCUCCGUAGUCAAUAGCCACACCAUUCUUCUCGACAAGCUUAACCGUCGAUCAACGCCUGAUUCUGAAGCUUUAGCCAGCUCAGACGACGAAGCUGACUCUCAUCGCCAAGAUCCACCGCAGCAAACCCAGCCUCAGAAGCCCGUCAGAAGAGCUUCGUGGCUCAACGACACUACCCAGCCGCUGCCUCGACCCCGAAAAGGUUCAUUCGCAAGCAGCUCCAUGUCUCCCACAGCCUCCCACCCAAGCACUCCUUCCGCGGAAGGAAAUGCACCUUGGGGCACUCACAACCAGUCAUCCGGUGUCAUGGGUCGCGCUCCCGUUCCGGGAGGCUCCUUCACCUGGGGCACAGGUAUCUGGAAUAAUGAGAGAAAGGAUCCACCCUCACGCUUGAGUGAGGUUUUACCCUCGCCCACAUCGACAAUGCCGCCUGGGUCAGCCGGAGGCUCCUUCUUCAACCCUGACAACUAUGGACAGACCUCUCCUGCACCGCGAGACUCUGGCCCCAACGCCCAAAUCCCCUUUGCAAUCCCCCUCCACCCAACGCCUAAGACAUACCGUUCUCAGUCUUACUCGGUUGGCCAGUUGGAACCCGACGCCCCCCCAGCCACUAUGAGCAGCUCGACGAUCCUCAGUCGUGGACGUGCCCAUGGACACUCUGGCCUACAGCACCGUCCUUCCCGGCCCAGCAUGCUGAGUGAGAUGUCAAACGAGGGAGGCCCGCUCGGAAAGGUGAAGGAAGUGGAUGACGAUGACGACGAGAGUGCGACAGAGUCCAUGCAGAGCUCGAUGCAUCAGUCUGCUGAGGCUAAGACUAUCGAGCUGCUUGCCCGGGAGAAUGCCAUGCUCCGUCAACAGCAACAGGCGCAACAGGUGCAACAGGCGCAGCAGCAGCAACAGCAGCAGCAGCAACAACAACAACAGUAUCAAAACCGUCUCCGUCCCAGAGCCUCUACUGGUGCCACUUACGGUCUUGGUAAUGGUUACACCUUGCGCGAGUCGGUUCCUGAGGAGUCCGACUUUGCCAUCGACGAGCUUGAUGAGGCCAAUGAUGGAAACGAGAUGGCGAAGAGAGCUCUGGGCCGCAGAAUGAGUGAAUUCGGGGCGUCUGGUUUCCGUUCGCCGUACGAGAACAGAAAGUUGGAGAACGUUAAGAAGGCAUUCUGGCACAGUUCUCUAGGUUUUGGCGGCCCUGAAGGCCAGCAGAGCCGGAGACACUCAUUUGCAGAUAUUCCAACCCGCCAAGGCUCUAUCAGUUCCAUCAACGAGUCCUUCAGCGCGCUUGAUACGCCUGUAGCUGAGCAGCAGCAGCCUCAGGAUUAUUCCUUGGCCUAUUCCGAGAAUCAGAAUUAUCCCCUGGGCAACACAGCUGCCUAUUUUACUCCUGGCGGCGGCCUUGCUGCUCCUCCCCAGAGCAUGCAAUUCAACAACACUUUCCCUUCGGCUUAUACGAUGCACCCUCCCUAUGGAAACCGUGCACCUUCACCUCAUCGCAAUGUCUAUGCGAUGUCGCAGCCGCGUCACAAUCAGCUGCUCCACAUUGUCUUAUUCAAAUGUGCUAGAGCAGACGUCUUUUACAUCCAGGAGGGCACUGGCUUGACCGUCAAGCCCGGCGACCUUGUCAUCGUCGAAGCUGAUCGAGGGACUGAUCUAGGCACCGUCGCCCGCGACAACGUUGACUGGCAGACUGCUAAGGAGCUCAAGGAGCACUAUGCUGAGGAGCAGUACAAGUGGCUGAUGAUGUACUCUCAGAACGCUGCUGCUGCCCAGGACGGUACAGGCGCCGGCCUAAUGGCGGCCGCCAAUGGCCUCCAGGGCAGCGCCGUCGGCGGAAUGGGUCCGCCCAACCAGCAUCACAUGCAGGAACCCAACGCCGGAGAGCUGAAGCCCAAGCUCAUCAAGCGUUUGGCACAGAGCCACGAAAUCCACGCCUUGCGGGACAAGGAGGGCAACGAGGCCAAGGCCAAGCGUGUCUGCAUGCAGAAGGUCAAGGAGCAUGGGCUGAACAUGGAGAUUCUCGAUGCCGAGUUUCAAAUGGAUUGGAAGAAGUUGACAUUCUACUACUUCGCUGAUUCGUACAUCAAUUUCAAUUCCCUCGUUACGGAUCUUUUCAAGAUCUACAAGACCAGAAUCUGGAUGUCGGCCAUCAACCCGGCAUCCUUUGCUAGUCCCACCUUGGGUAUCCAGGCUCCUAGCGGCGUCGGACCCGGAGCGGUUGGCGUGGGUCGUGGUGGAUCGAACAAUUCUGAGCGACGCUCCACGCAGCAGCAGCAGCAGCAGCAGCAGCAGAACCAGGAUCAGCACUCUGGAGGAUUCAGUGGCUCAGGCCUGCCUGGCCGUGGAUUCCAGAACUCAUUUACCCCGCCGUUUGGUGAGAGACCUGGAGGUCCGGCCGGUGGCUACGGACAGCCAAACUAUCCCUAUUCGCACAUGGGCGGCAUGGGCAAUGCGCCCAGGCCUGGAAACAUGCCCUAUGUCCCUGGAGUUGUUCCGUCGCUCGACAACUACGGCUUCCCUGGCGCAGCUGACUAUCCGAUGCGGUCUCGUUUCCAGCCAGGAACCGAGGGACCUGGCCCGCAUGAGUCGGGCGUGGGUCCGAUGAACACUCAGAGUGAAUGGGCUACCGCAUUUCAGGGCCUCUCCUUGAAUAGUCGCUAG